GAAAGCGAACGUGAAUUAUAGUCGAGAAUUUGAUUAGUAAUGGAGAACGGUGGGACUUAACUGGACCCCGGAGCGCGCGCCAAAUGAGGAUAUGAUGGUGGUGGGGUCAUUAUUAAGAGUGCGCAUGCGCUAAAGAUCGGCCCGCCGCUCGAUCUCGCGGCGGCACUUUGCGCCCUACUGAAACGCAGUUUCCGCGAAACGUUCCUAGCGGAAAAAGUGUAAGUGUUGUGUGAGCGAAAUCACGACAUCGGAGAUGUCAGCCACGGGAGUUGAACACGUUCUCCCAAAGACGAGCGAACGAAAAGGAAGGUGAGAGGAAAUAAUAAACGGCAAGAAAAAGAUAAGACAAUUGAAAGAAAGAAAAUAAUAUAAAAAAGAUUAAGAAGACUUUCCUAAGAGAGUCAACAUGGAUUCGCACGUGGGCCUCGACUAUAUCGUGGACAAUCCCGACUAUUGCAUAAAACUAGCUUCGGCAUUGGACACGGCAUGCACUUCGGUGAAGAAACAAGUCGUUGAAUUACUCUCAGCACUCUGUGUUUAUAGUCAAGAUGGUAGGCAGCGUGCUAUUGAUACGCUUCACACGUAUCAGGAACGUAAAGGGGAACGUUAUCGAUUACGAGUCGUGAUCGACGAGCUGCAGAAAGCUACGGCCGAAGAUUACCAGACAGUAUUGCUGGCAUUUAUCAACUGUUUGGUUAUUUCAACGCCAGAAUUGAAAGAUCGCAUACGGAUUCGCAACGAGUUUAUCGGCCUUAAACUACUCCCAAUCCUGAACGAGCUGCGGAAAAGCCACGCUCCGGAUCUCAGAGUACAAUUGGAUGUUUUCGACGAUCAACGAGAAAGCGACGAAGUAUUAUCGAACAACGGACCACCGGAAAUUGAUUUGUCCUCGCACGUUGAUGUAUUUUAUGCUAUUCUUGGACAGAUCGCAGACACCCCACAGGAAAUACCAUUCUUAAGUAUUCUCCAGCAUCUGUUGCGACUGGAUCCAAAAGAUGCUGCGAGUGAUUUAGCGUGGGACACAGCUGAAACCCUUGUCCAUCGUGCAACAUUAUUGGAAAGUCGAGAGGACGUCACGAAAUUACUAAGAUCACCUAGUCUUCAAACUAAUAAUCUAUGCUGUCAUUGUCGAGGAAACGAUCAGACGUGCGGUACGUCUCGAAAAGCGUCACUUCCGGUGAGCAAUACAACCGCACCGUUGACAUCAGCAACGAAUACGUCGGUAACAACAACAACAACAACAACACCGCCUAAUCCACCCCCUAGUACUGCUUUCAUAUUGCCACCACCACCUCCCCCACCGCUCUUUAUUACACCGAGCAACUCGAAUGCACCAAUGGAACCACCAUUGCCACCACCGUUACAUGUGCCGCAAGUUACUCGUGCGCCUACUCCCGAAGUACCCAACAAUCAUGCGAGAUUACUUCCUCAACAGGAGACACCUACUCCGAAAACUAAAAUGAAAACUAUCAAUUGGAACAAGAUUCCUAAUCACAAGGUGAUCGGCAAACGAAACAUAUGGUCGUUGGUUGCAAAUGAACAUCAAAAUCUUCCCAACGCGGAUUUAGAUUGGGCCGAGAUGGAAGGGUUGUUUUGUCAGCAAGUACCACCUAUGAUGCCACCGGUAACUUGUUCAUCGACGUUUGGAACAGGCAUGGAUUCUGAAAAACGUCGACGAGAACCAACCGAGAUCGCUCUGCUAGAUGGAAAAAGAAGUUUGAACGUUAAUAUAUUUCUUAAACAAUUUCGAAGUUCGAACGAGGAUAUAAUUCAAUUGAUAAAAGAUGGCGGACACGACGACAUCGGUGCGGAAAAGUUACGAGGUUUAUUGAAGAUUCUACCCGAGGUGGAUGAAUUGGAAAUGUUGAAAAAUUUCGAUGGCGACAAAUCUAAACUUGGAAAUGCCGAGAAAUUUUUUCUUCAACUAAUUCAAGUACCUAAUUACAAGCUAAGAAUCGAGUGUAUGCUAUUGAAGGAAGAAUUUGCAGCAAAUAUGAGUUACCUGGAACCGAGUAUAAAUUCGAUGAUUUUAGCUGGUGAAGAUUUAAUGACUAACAAACCACUUCACGAGGUCCUUUACAUGGUUCUGGUUGCUGGAAACUUUUUAAAUUCAGGUGGUUAUGCGGGAAAUGCAGCUGGCGUUAAAUUAUCUUCCUUGCAAAAGUUAACCGAAAUUCGUGCUAACAAACCGGGAAUGAAUUUAAUACAUUACGUCGCUUUGCAAGCCGAAAGGAAACGAAAGGAUUUGUUGAAUUUUGCCAAAGAUAUGAGUGCUUUGGAAGGAGCUACUAAAACAACGAUUGAACAAUUGAACAACGAAUUCAACUCGUUGGACACAAAAAUCAAGAAGAUCAAAAAUCAAAUUCAAUUGCCAUCAACUGAAAGUGAUAUUCAAGAACAAAUGGCACAAUUUUUACAAAUGGCCGAACAAGAAAUGGCACAAUUGAAACGUGACAUAGAAGAAUUGGAAAACGUUCGACGAACGUUAGCUGAAUUUUUCUGCGAGGACACGAAUACUUUUAAAAUAGAAGAAUGUUUUAGGGUAUUCCAUCAGUUUUGUCAAAAAUUUAAUCAGGCUGUCGCGGAAAAUGAAAGGCGAAGGAUUCAAGAGGAACAAAUAUUGGCAAGGCGAAAACAACGGGAAGAACAAUUAAUGGCUAGAAAGAGAUUACUAAGUAACCAAGCAGAAACACCUGGUUCCGAAUCCGAAUGUAAUCUAAUGGAUUAUGGCCUUCUUGACCUCCAUACUGGUUUACCUCAAAGAAGUUACAGUCGUAGCGAAGCAAAGAUCAAAAGGUUACAAAACGGUGUUGUUACCUCGGACGACGAUGUUUCCAUUACUGGUUCACCAAACAUAAGACGAAGAUUAGGCUCGUGUUCUGGUGGUCCUGAACAACAGUCUACCAAAGAAGAUACUUAUUCUCCAGACAUAACACCAAACGGUACCCUUCGUCGAAGAAGGAGUCGAAUACCGUGUGAAGAUGAUGAUGGUAAUUUAAUGGAUUUUCUCCGAACUUCCGGUCAAGAGAAUACUCGUGAAAGAAAAUCCUGGGGUAGUUUAGAUCGAUCAUGGGCUAGAAGAGCACGCGGCCAAACGCGAAGAGGUGAUCUUUUGAAUGCCGAUUUUUCGGCUGAUCGUGAAAGACCAAGUUCACCAUCACCUUUAGCCGAAAGCAAACCAUUUUUACAAGAAGAGGAAGCAAAGCCAGGGAAAGCAUGGAGACAAAAAAUCGAGGCUUGGCUGUCAGAAAACGAGAAGGAAGAUCGUGCGGGAGAAGAACUUCAAAGAAAGGCCAGACAAUUGCGUCAAGCAAACCGAAGGUCCUUCGAAGACUCAGAAAGUGAAGGCAAGAACUCCAUCAGGAAUACCCUGGCUGAAGACGAUUCUAUGCACGAAGGUUAUUCCGAAGUUUACGACUGGCGGCCAUCCGUAGAAAAAACGGAUGUUAUGCGCACUAUGGAAGCAAUCGAAGAAGCCCAACCGAACCCAUCGCAGAAAGACAAAUCACCUUGGCGAAAGUCAAGUUUGAACGUACCAAAUAGCAUGGAAGAGACUGAUCCACGUUAUUCUCGCAGGCUAAGAUCCAAAUUAAGUAUUGAGAAUAUUCUUGCUCCUAGUCCGUUGCAAGCAAUCAGAGAAGAGGACAGAAAGAAGAACAAGAUCAGCGAUGCGAUUAAUGCGAACACUCCGGACGAAUUAACUAUUUAUCUUCGGCAACCUUAUACGGGCUCGCAAACUUCAAAUACCAGAAGAUUCUCGAAAAUUGUUAAGAAAAGUAAUAACGAGGAUGAGAGCAGCAACAUCAGUGACAAGAUUGAAAUUGAUUCGGAUAAUAUUGAGACACCACCGGCAACCAGACGACUUAUCAGUCCACCUAAGGAGGUUAAACCGGUCGAGAAAGAACCUUGUAAACGAGAAAGAUGCAGUAGUUCUCUUCAAAAUCGAGAAUCUAAGACUGUUCCGUUGAAACCUGUUAGCGUAAAUGCUGAUCUUGGUACCGGAAAUUUCGAUAGAUACUCAGCGACAAGGAGAACAAGAAGAUAUAAAAAGAUGUCUGAUCCUACGGAGAAAGAGACAAAGAAAGAAGAACCGAUAAUAGGUCAACAGCAAAUCUUUGAAGAGAAAGCAACCGAACGGCCGAGUACUUUGUCACUGGUCGAAGAUGGACAAGAGGAAGAUGCGAUGCUUCGAGUUUGGCAGGACAAAUUGAAACGUUCGGAAGUAACUACGACGGAGAAGAUCGAUGCUGCAUUGGCUGAAAUUGCACGAUCUGGCGAAGAUCUUCAACAUUUGUCACGUUCGAGUGUUCAAAGAAAUUCCAGGCUACCUGUGAGUCAACCACCUCCUGUGGUCGCUGUUACCAAUACAGUUUUGAGUCCAGUGAUGCAAGAAUCCAGGCCGAGGGAACCAAUAACGAUCUUAACCGAAAGGGCAGUCAGUAGUCGUGAACGUCACAGAAGUAUGAUUGAUCCAAGUCAAGUGAAGGAAGCUAUCAGAGUGACUAGCAGCCCACCAAGUCAAAUCAAUCAAAGUCCGAUGAGGAAUUUAACCUGCGAGCAGUCGGAUCGUAAGAUCGUAGAAGAUAACGUGAUCUCGAUCGAUCAAACAGAUCUGAAUGAAGUCUCUUCUAACGUGGAUACUGUUUUAAAGAAUGAAUCCAAUGAAGAAAUCGAAACGAUUAAUAACGAUCCACCUAAACAGAAUUCCAUGUUCAGAAAUAGGUUCAUUCCUGAUAUAAACGUAACCAACGCAUCAUCCUUAUCUUUAGGCUCGACGGUUAAAGGUAGAGAUCAGGAAUUGAACGACGAAGGUUUUGAGGAAACCCAAAGCCUAGUCUCGGAAUCUUUAAGUCAAGAAACAUCAUCCGGGAAUUAUGAAACCGACGCUCACGAUUCUACGCGAUAUUCUCCAGCUGAGUUACGUUAUGGUGGGACUAUAGUUAGCCAAUGUCGACCUAACGACGAGGAAGAAGAGGAAGAUGUACGACAUAUAAUCAAGGAACCGGCGGUUAAAACUGUCUUCGCUAAGACUACAGUUUCUACAGUUAGAGCCACGAACAAUGAUAAAAGUUUUCUACCCAAACGUACAACUAAUAAUAUUAAACGUGAAACUAAUAGGAAAGUUGAGUCAUUAAAAAGGAAUCCUACGGUAAUGGCAUCGAAUGUUAGAAACGAAGUUGAACGUUCCGGUUCUCGUAGUAGUCUACGUAGCUCGAGAAGUUCAUUGAACAGUGCUACCUCGGUUAACACUGUACGAAAUUUGGCACCCUCUCAUGCGCAUCUUCGUAGUUACACGUCCGCCAUUCGUGCUUUGACCAAUGACCUCAGGAAAAGUAGUCCUUCUAAUACACCUUUACCACCAACUGUGGUAAAAAAGGAUAACGAUAAGAGACGCGUAAAUCCACGUAUUGCAGUGACGAGGAUUCCUGCAAGUAGAAGCAGUAGCAGUGGUAGUAGCGUUGGUCCUGUUUUAAAAAACGUUAGAAAGACAAACAAUGCAAUAGUAGAAACGAUCUCGAAGGUGAAUAAACCUCGAACGAUCGCUUCUCGUAGCAGUAGCAGUGGUAGCAGCAUAGGACAACAAUCAACGGUGUCUUGUCAACCUUCUGGUGAAAAAGUAGCACCUGCCAAGAGUCGAUUGAUCCAACCUCGUGCUGGCUCGAAAAAUCAUAGUUUCAUGAGGCCAACAGCUUCCAGUGCUAGUAAAGGUUCUAUCCCGAAUCUUCCAAAAAGUAUCAAAGGCUUGAUCAAAUGAAUUAUUUCUUAAUACGUGGUAAUAAUAUCUCUUCUUAUUAACGUUCGAAGUUUGUUGUUUCUUUUUUUUUUUUCUUUUUUUUUUUUUUCUAAAGAACCAUACGAAUAUUCGCGCAAACGUAAGUACGAACCACGUCGUGUGGUUCGAUUAAAAUAAAAAAAAAAAAUAAAAAAAAAACAUAAAAUAAAAGGACAAAAAAAGAGAGAGAGAGAGAGAGAGAGAGGUACCAUUUCUUAUUUUACAAUUAGCGUACAACUAAUGUUAUUAUCGUAUAACAAAAAGGAAAUUCUAAUAAACGAUAAAGACGUAUUGUAUACGAGAAAAUAAUCAAAUAUAUUUACAGUUAGUAACUCGUUGUAAAAUCAUUUUUUUUAGAUCAAGGAAAGUGGUAAGGAACCUUUAGGGUAUUUCUAUCGAAAGCUCCGUAAACAGUUAGCACGCUUUAUUACGCUACUGGUUUACGCGAUAAGGAGCUUUCCUUUCAGUCACCCAGAUAAUCUAGAAAUUGUUCUAAUAUAAAUUGUAACAUAUGUUUCGAGACUAACGUACUUUCUGUGCGAUACAAUAUCAUUUGUAUUGUUAACAUAAAUAAACGAUUUGUAAAAAAUGCUCUCGUUACUAUUAGAUUAAACAUGACGAAUACAUUAUCAAAAAGAGAGAGAGAGAGAGAGAGAGAGAGAAUGAGAGAAUGAAAGAAUGAGAGAUCGUCGAUAACAAUAUUAUACUACUAUUACAUCCUUCAAUAUAUCAAAAUAUAAAAGUUUACAUGUUGGUCUAUCGUAGAAGUGAUUAUGUUGAACGGUUAAAAUAAAUAUCAAUUUUUGUUGGUUCUUUCUUUUGUAAAAGUAAAAAUAUGAUUGACACGCGUUAUAGAUUAUUUAUAUAUAUAUAUACAUAUAUAUAUAUAUAUAAAUGUGUGGGAUUCGUGAAGAAAAUUGGACCAUUGAACGUAUCAAUCAAAUCCUUCUUUCGAUUUCCGAAUAACUGUUUCAACCUUUGAACUGUUCAUAUGAAUCCUUCGAUUAAUUUUCUCACGAAUAUUUAUUUUAUUUGGAAUAGAGGUACUCGUGAUCCCACAUAUAUUAUAUAUACAUAUAUAUACAUAUAUAUAUAUAUGUAUAUAUUGCACUUGACACUCAACAUGCUUACUCAUACGAUAAUCGAGUGACAUUAUAUCUACACAUUACACGUUAAUAUUAUAUGUAUAUGUAUUUAUAUUAUAUACACACACACACAAUGAUAGAUUCUCUCACACUUACAAGGUGAUACAUCGUACAAGUAGUAAAAUGAAAAAUCGUUUAGCGACAACAAAAAUGAGAUACCUUUGAGACGAGAUCUCCUUGGGGGUAAUGAGAUCACUUGGAUGCUACGAAAGUCCUUGAAAAUGAUUUCUUCGACCCUUAACGAUAACGACAGGCAACUUCCUUUCCCGACGUUUUAUUUUUUACUUGUUAUUCUUUUUUUCAUAUUUCCCGUUUCCAUUAUCUCUCUCUGUUUAAUUGCAGGACACCACACUUCGGCUUAUUAUACCGACGUAUAAUCUUCUCACAUUUAUCUCUAUGAAAUCUCGCCUUAACUAUCGUACUGACGUACAUACGUUAGACUUAAUUAUAAGGAUCGUUUUACUUGAAAUUAUACAAAAAUAUGUAAUUUAUAUAUAUAAAUUAUAGGAAGAUAAUCGAUAAAGUAAAAGAAAAAUCUUUAAUUCAACAAGUUGAAUAAUUUAAAAACCGUUCUAGGAAUUCGAAUGAUUUGAUUGCAUGCGAGAAGAUAUGCGUCAAUGUUUGAAACAAAAAAAUAAAAAUAAAAAUACAAAUAAUAGACAAAGU